CUGUCUCCCUCCCCAGUACAAAGCGCGGCCUCGGCGGCAGCAGCACAGCGCGCAGCGUCUCUCUCUCUCGCUCUCGCUAUCUAUCUCUGUCCUUGUCACUGUCCGUCCUUGACUCGCUAGCCCAAGAAGAAGACCAACCGGAGAGGGGAGGGGAGGGGAGGCGGAGAGAUGGCUCCGAGCUCGUCGUCCUGCCACGACGCGGCCGCGUCGAUGCUGCUCUGCGCCGAGGACAACAGCAGCAUCCUGUGGCUGGAGGAUGAGGAGGGGGAGGUGGGGGAGAGGAGGAGCGGCGGUUGCCGGUCGAUGGUCGGGGACCUCGCCGCCGGCGGCGGCGGCGGCAGCGGCGGGGGUGGAGUGGAGGAGGAGGAGGACAUGUUCCCGCGGCAGUCGGAGGAGUGCGUGGCGAGCUUGGUGGAGAGGGAGCAGGCGCACAUGCCGAGGGCGGACUACGGCGAGCGGCUCCGCGGCGGCGGCGGCGACGUGGAUCUCCGCGUCCGCAGCGAGGCCAUCGGCUGGAUUUGGGAGGUUUACACUUACUACAACUUCAGCUCUGUCACUGCCUAUCUGGCUGUAAACUACCUGGACCGUUUCCUGUCUCAGUACGAGCUGCCGGAAGGCAGGGAUUGGAUGACACAGUUGCUCUCGGUUGCGUGCUUGUCUAUCGCCGCCAAGAUGGAGGAGACCGUCGUCCCGCAAUGUUUGGAUCUUCAGAUUGGGGAACCACGGUUUUUGUUCGAGGUGGAGACGAUCCAUAGAAUGGAGCUUCUUGUUCUCACCAACCUCAAUUGGAGGAUGCAAGCCGUGACUCCAUUCUCCUACAUCGACUACUUCCUACGAAAGCUCAACAGCGGCAAUGCCGCGCCGAGAAGCUGGCUCCUGAGGUCGUCGGAGCUCAUCUUGCGCAUAGCAGCAGGAACUGGAUUCCUAGAGUUUAGACCCUCGGAGAUCGCUGCAGCGGUGGCUGCCACAGUGGCCGGAGAAGCCACCGGCGUGGUAGAAGAAGACAUCGCAGAGGCUUUCACCCAUGUAGAUAAGGGGAGGGUGUUGCAAUGCCAGGAAGCGAUUCAGGAUCAUCACUACUCCAUGGCCACCAUUAACACUGUGCAACCUAAACCUGCAAGCACCAGGAGAGGCUCAGCCUCAGCCUCCUCCUCCUCUGUGCCUGAGAGCCCUGUUGCGGUGCUGGAUGCUGGCUGCCUCAGCUACAAAAGUGAUGAUACUGAUGCAGCAACUAUUGCCUCACAUGGAGGAGGAAGAAGGAAGAGUUGCUUUGAUAGCUCCCCGGUCACUAGCAAGAAGAGGAGGAAGCUUAGCAGGUGACUGACCAGUCAAAGUGCCAAAUGAUAGAUCACUCUCUCUGUAGUCUGUACACCACUCAUCUCGACAAAGGCAAAGUCAAUUGGUUUCGAUUGCAACGACUGUUAGAAAGAAAGAACACUGGAAGGGGGCCAAAAGGGAGGGAAUUUUGACAUGACGAGAGAGAGCUAGCUAGCAAGAAGUUGCUGAUGAAUAAAGAGGUGAGGUUGACAACACCUAAUUGCUAAGCUUUUGCAAGCCAGCAAGCCAUGGUGAUGAGAGGUGCCCCCAAAGAACAAAGAAAAGCUUUGUAGCAACAUAAAAGCUUGAUGAGUUUCAAAAAAAAAAGAAGAAAAAAAACAUAAAAGCUACAUGAGAUGAUCAAGACAAAGGAUGGUGAGGGGCUUUAGGCAACAAGUCCAAGAACUAGGCAUGCACUGACCUGGCUGUGUAGUAUUCUUUUGUUCACUAGCUCUAGUUGCAUUAGUUGCAGUAUUGUUUUCUUUUUUCCAUUUCAUUUGUAAGGAGAAAAUUAGAGGCGGCAGCACUCCUUUUUGUGAUCAGCAAUGAUGAUCAUCCACAUGAAUAAAAUAACAUGGUGUAACCAGAAAAGAAAAUUAACAAGACCCAGAAAAAGAGGAAAUGGGUUUCUUUCAGUA